AUUACUUCACAUCCUGUACAAAGACACACUGUUGGCAUAUCGUUUGGUACUGACUAUUCAACUCACACUCUCUCUAAUGAGGUUUCCCAAUAAGACGUUCUGAUAUUGUUGGAAAAGUGCAGCUAAUACAGGAUUUCAGGACAUCAUGGACAUGACUCCCACCCCCAGCUCUGGUAAUAGUAACCUGAAUGAAGCCAACAAUUGUGGAGUGGACCUCAGCCAAGAUGCCAUCUACCUUCCUGUAAUCUACAGUAUCUUCUUCAUCAUUGGCACUCCCCUCAAUCUGAUGGCCCUAUUCGGGCUCUAUCGUCUGAUCAAGUCUGAAAACGUCUUACCGGUGUAUGUGAUCAACCUGCUCCUUUCGGAUCUCCUCCAACUGUUCACUGUACCUCUAUGGAUUGACUACUAUCGCAGGGGUCACAGCUGGCGAUUCGGGUCCACUUCCUGCCAGUUAUUGGGGGUCAGUUUCUACGUCAGCAUUUACACCGGCAUUGCCUUCAUGUGCAUCAUCGCUUUGGAGCGCUACUUGGCCAUCGCCAAGCCUCUGAGAUUCCAAGCAUUGAGAAAGCUGAAGUUUGCACGAUGGAUAGCCCUUAGCAUAUGGGUCGUGGUAGCCGUGCCUCCAUCCAUCAUCUUGCGUAAAAUGCAACCCAACGACAAUCACACCCUGUGUAUUGAGGGCUACCCUUCCAAGGAGGGGUUCAUCAUCUACCGAUUAAUCACCUUAUCCCUGUCCUUCAUCAUCCCUCUCGCCUUCAUCGUGAUCCUCCACCGGAAGACCCUGAGGUCUUUGUCGGCCAUUGGUACCUUGGGAAUGGAAGAGAAGCACCGCAUCAGGGGGCUUCUCAUUCUGCUGAUGGUCAUCUUCAUCCUGGUCCUCGGCCCCUACCACAUCACAGGAUGCGUGAAGUACAUUGGAUUGCUUCUCCACGGUGACGCCUGUGAGUGGGAGAAGGCAGUGUUUGUGCCCUACCAGCUGGGCAGGGGUUUGCUGAGCCUCAACAGUGUGCUGGACCCUAUACUUUAUACGUUCCUGAGGAGUGACUUCAGGGCGGCUGCAGGCCAUUACCUGCCCUGCCUGAGGAGAAUGCAGGAGUCUGUAUGCAGGACUGUGAGUCAUCAGAGGACCACCACUAAGACCCCUAGUACUCUCUCAGAUCACUCUGAUUCUAUCUAAACCCAAACCAGACAUUUGUAACAUACCUGUACAGGAUGUACAGUACCUAGCUAGAUGCUAUCUGCUUGUAUUAUAAUGUAAUAACCAGAUUUUAAAAAACCAUCACCAGGACCACUAUUAUCCUUGAAGACCCCACAGAGAGACCCUGAUUCAACCUGUGAUGAACAUUAAUACUGAACAUUAUUCAUAAAUGCUGCAGAACAAAGGUUAUACUGUGGGAAAGGAAAAUCUCUAAGAUAUACAUAUAUUUCGUAUUAUUAGUUUUUACAAAAACUGUUUGUUUCUUUAAACAGUGCCAGUGGGUUUUGGAAAGUACAUUCUUGAUUGAGACAGACGUGAUUUGCCUCACAUUGCCACAGCCAGGAAGUUGCCAGAUUUGGGAUUUCAUGUGGCAGGCAGCUGGUCUCGCAGAAGGACUGGUGUCCUCAUAAUAAAUUCACAUUUCCUCUUUCAAGCACCAAACAAUUUCACAAAAGGAACUUGCCUAGAAACAGAUCCUGUUCCAAAUCAAUUGGAAGUUGUUUUACAAACUUGUUUUACAACUUUGUUUAAACAAACUUACAAACUAGACCUGAAACAUAUAAGAUAAACUGCUGAAGGACUGAACAUAGUUGUAAUCCUUCGUUGUCCACAAUAGUGUAUAUUUGACACUGGGGAGAAAAAGAAUGUAGUACUUUGAUGAUUUGGAGUUGCCUCUGGCAACUGAAAGGGAUGGUUCGACGAGACUGUUCUACCUGUUUAUAAAUAGCAUCGUACCCAACUGAGGACCACAUGUACACAAGAAUUGGAAGUGGUUUUGUAAUGUGGGGCAAUGUGUAAUAUUGUAUUUCUGUCAGCAUUGCAAUGCUAAAUGUAAAUAAAUCUAUAUCACAAA